AUGGCAAACAUCGACGACCAAUGGCUAAAGGAGGACGGGUACCUGAACGUGGACACAGAAUCCAGCUCCAUUGUGUACCAUCCGUUGCUCAAUGUUAUCCUCUUGAUCGCGAGCAAUGGCGAAUUGAAGUUGUUGGAUGUCAAUUCCGGCGUUAUACUGCAAACCUACCGAAUAUCAGAUACCAGUGCAGUUCGCUGCCGUUACCUGCCGACACAAGACAAAAUAUUGAUUUGGAAUGGUCGCAACAUUUCGAUGCGAGGAGACUACAACGGGGUCUUGCUACUCGAUACAAUUCUGCAGGCACCGAUCACGCAGACCGACGAUCGUGUCCGGCUCGAGCUGCUCCUCUCUGAGGCGGUGUUGUUUUUGCAGUGUUUGCAGAACCUCGAACAGCACGGUUUGGAGAACAUGAGUGACGUGACCAACGAGUUGAUGCAGAAGAUCUGCGAGACGCAGGCCCAUUCCCGGCGCGGCAUCAAGGCGCAAAAGUGGGAAACGGUGUGCUUAGAGCUCCCACACUCAUCACUGCGGAUGGUUGCCAGCGGGGUGGUGAUGCAGUUGAAGCGGCUCGACCGUCACGUGCCGGCAAUGGCAAUCGCGUCCGCCAUUAACGAACGGUUGACUGAUCUGCUGGAAGGGGCACGGGUCAGCGCCAAGGCUACCAACAAUGUGCAGCGAUUUCAGAUGUAUUCGGAGGCGGCCCGUCGCCAAACGUUCGAAGAGUGGCCCCAUAUGGACUACAAAUGGGUGCUGCCGGACCAGAUGGCGCAAGCCGGCUUCUAUCAUCAGCCGGGUGAGAACGGUAACAAAGAUCGGGCGAUGUGCUUCACUUGUACCGUGUGUCUGGUAUGCUGGGAGAAAACGGACGAACCGUGGAGUGAGCACGAACGCCAUUCACCGGAGUGCCCGUUCGUGAAGGGUGAGUUCACGCAGAACGUACCACUCGCGGUAACGUACGCGACGAGCCCGGCCGUGGCCACGGAAGGCUUUGCUCUCGUGUCUGCCGGAGACCGUGGUACCGUUUUCUGCACGGGAAAUCCGGCCGGCGACAUUACGUUGUGGAACAUCGAAAGGCAGUUGACGAAGGUGCACGAGUUGCAAGUGCGAUUGCACCCGGACAUACUUACUACGACCACCAUUAGCCCGCAGGCGGCGAUCAACGGUAUUGAACUGACGGCGCUGGCCACUUACUUCGUCCGAUCGCCUCUCGGAAGCGGUGCGUUGCUGCUCAGGCGGGCGUCGCUGUCGUUGAAACCCAAAAUGCUCGGCACCAAGAUUGUGGCGGCCGUGCGCGUCAAUAGCACGGAACCGCUAGAUGAGGAGGAGGCAGAGCAGGAGCUACCGAAAACGGAUGAGAAGCCACACGAGCCGGAAACGACACUGCUGCUCAUCGUGUACAACAUCGAGGAUCCGGUGGUGGACGAUGAAUCGGGUACCGUUUCUCCGACAGUGUGCCCAAAAACGUUCUUCGGUGUCGGUGGUUUGGUGGGCGGCGGCAAUAAUGUGAAGAAGUCGAACCUUACCACGAUUCUGGAGAGUGUCGAAGACGAAAGGAUGAAACACUCGACCGAGCGAAUGAUGCUGCAGGAAUUGAUACAGGCGGAACACGAAAUUUUAAACAGUAAAAAGAAGCUUCACGCCGUUGCGGUAGGUGGCGGCGGCGAGAGUGGUGCAGCUGAAUGUGAUAGCGAUAAUGACAGCGUCAUAAUGGCACUUCCUUCCACCUCGCUGAUGGAUACUCUGGAUGCUAUCGCGGGAUCAGCAACACCUGCCAACGGUACCUUUGCGGCAGCCGCAAAAGGCACGGCUGGGGGAGAAGGAGGCGCGGAUAACGGAAGCGGCGACGGUGGGGGAGGCGGGGCGGACGAGCUUGGCAUCUGCUGUGUGCCGUUGCAGUACAUUGAGCUGCCCCCGGCAUUUGUUGAGUCGCACGAUCGAUACUACAUCUCGGACACGGUUCCGUCUAGCGACAAUCGCUUCCUGUUGGUGGUGCUGAAGCUAAACGCGGACACUUGCUUCGAAGAGGGAGAAGAGGACCGGCCUGAUUCCGUAUCGCGCUGGCAUGCAAUCCUUUACCUUUACUUUCUCAACGAAGACGGACUGGUGCGUGGCGACGAUCCGCUCGUAAAGUGCUUGGAGCGCGACCAGAGCCCGCUUGAGAUCACGAUGCUACCAAAGUGUGACGGCACGGGGCGCCAUUUCGGUGGCCCGGAAACAGAGCAAGGCAUCUUCGUGAUGACGUGCGCCGACGGUAAGCUGCGCAUCGUCUCGCUCAAAACUCUGUCGAUCCUGUCGGAAGCAUCCGUUAAGGACGAUCAGUUUGUUUCGGCAACGUACUGCAAGAGCCUCGAGCGACUGUGUGGGUGCACCGUGAAAGGGUGUUUGCAUUUCUACUCGUUCUACGAUCUGGACGCCGAUUCGAGUGACGAGCGAGAUGAAGAGAUUUUGGCUUCGAUACCAGCAGCGACGGCCGGACGCGUUGGGGAUGAGCUCAGUAGCGACCAGCACGUGACGGUGGGAGGAACAUCCAAAGCGGGCGUCACUACGGUCGAUGGUCGGGUAGCUGGCGCUGCAACGAUGGCGGACUAUGACAAGUCCACGACGGCCGGUGCGUCUUCGACAGGCUACUCAUCAUCAGGUGGAGCGUCUAAUACGACGGCGGCGGCGGGCGAUCAUCAGCUCUCCUCUACUACGUAUGGCGGUGGUGCCUGCUUGCAGUGGUUGCUGGCAUUCCGCAAGGACGCGGGUGACAUCGAGAACCUCAAGGUGCUGCACUCGUUGACGCUGUUUAGCGAAAUGUUGACACCUUAUUCGGCCGAAAUGCCCGCUUGCUGGAGUGAGCUGGAACAAGCGCAAAAGCAGAGGCGCCACCCGCAGCACCUGCGCCCGGGAGAUGACACGCAUCUGACGAAAACCUGGCGACUGCACAACGACGCGGCGACGUGGGAUGAGCAUCUAAUAGAGCUGAACCUGCCCAAGUGUACCUCUCUCGGGCACAUCGACUUCAAGUUUACACUUUACCAACCCUGUGCCAACUCGCCCGCCAUACAGGUGACGCUGCUGAAACAAAAGUCAAUGGGACUGUGCACGCGGCGCAAGACGCAAUCCAUCAAUCGCGUGGACGAAUCGAUCAACUUCAACAUCGGUGCCGAUUUCGUCGAGAACCCUGUGCUGAGCGAAGAGUAUCUGCAGGCCCGGAAUGCCGAAAUCGUUGUCGGCCCGAUCGAGCUCGCUUCGUGCAUGGACCUGAGUGAGCAGGGUGGUUGCGUGACUCUCAUCAGCCCGAAGCUUCUGAAAUCGAAGGGCCGCAACUAUCUGUUGCACAUUAAGACGAUGACCGAUCUGUCGAAAGAUGGGCAGAGCAAAACCCGAGUCCCGGUGCGUAAGAAGGGUAUUACAAGCAUACUGCUAACGUCGUUCGCGAACAUCUCCGCGCAUAACGCCACGCCACCGGAGGCGGUGGUUGGUACCGGUGCUGUGGGCAAGGAUGGAAGUGUCUCGUUUUUCACCGACACUGCUGGCGGCUCGUCCGUCAAUGGCAAGACACGUAAAAACGAUUUCUAUAUAGGAUGUGAUUGGUUGAACGAAAUUUCCAUCACCGUACGCGCCACAAGUCAGGUGCCGAAGCUCGAGAACGAACGCUUCCAGCGGCAAGCAAUGAUCGACUCGAACGCACUGCUAGAAAACCUUUUGAAGAUGCUGAACCAACACCAUGACCACCUGGAGAGUGCAAGCACGGCCAAUGGCGACAAUGCAGAGGGAAUCGGCGAAGAGUCUACUGCGGACUCGAUCCGGGCCGGUCCUCGGGUGGCGGGCGAAAACACUGUCAUGAUGCGGCAGCACUUGGCGCUGGACAUUCUGAUUUGGAUCGUCACCAUCCGCCUUAUGCGCUAUCGCUACCCGAAAAAUCCAUUCGCCAAGCGUGCCAAUCCGACGGAGGUGCGCGAUGUGGCAUCGCCUGAUUUGAACGUUCAACAAACGGAGUGUGUCCAGAUUAUCGAGCGAUACCUCGAGCCAGCCAUUCGACACUGCAUAGUGUUAGCGAACCGUAGCAUCGCUCACAAGUGUGUCAAAUUUCUAUCGCUAGCGUUGGAUGGUGCCCAAAACAUGGUCGAUAAGAAUGCAUGCAACUCCUUCGAGCAGUCGUUGCAUUUGGCCAUCGAAGCGUGCCUACCAGAGGUAGUAAACUCCAAUCACUCCGGUGCCCUGCGUUGGUUCGCGCUGCUAAUUUCCGGUACCACCUCAUCCGAGAAUCAUCGUUCAGUGGCGAACCGGUGCCUAUGGUUGCUGAAAACGGUGGCUGAAGAGUUGCGCAACCGCAACAACCCUUUGGUUGCGCUGCUACGAACACGCUUCGGCCUUCACGGCGCUCCGUUUGAUUCGGAAGUGUUCGACGCUCACCCGUUGGAGGCACGGUACGGUGCUGGCGCAUGCGGAGGGGCUGCUUUCACAACGUUCAGCUGUGCCGCAGGGGCUGGUGCCGGUGGUGGAAUCGGUGUGAACAGUGCCAGCAGCAACGGUCCGUGUCCUGGUGGAGGCGGAUGCACUGCGAACAAGGGUACAGGCACUGGCGGUGGAACGGGGUCACUGUUGGCUGCCGGCGGUGGACCGUCGGCGAUUGAUUUGCGUCUGCUGUGCUUUGCCGAUGGCGCGGAACUAAGGUGUUUACCAGAUCAGCUGCGGAGCCGUGGCAUCGGGACGCACUUUAUGGGGUUGCUCGAGGUGCAACCAUUGCAUUACGCGUGCAGUGCCACAUCGGAUGCAACACGCGUGGAGAACAUUGACGCCAACGGGCACACCAUCACAACCACGGCUAAUGCCACGAGUAGCGCCAACUCCACUACCAUGAACGGAUUUGGGGGUGGUGCUAGCAGUGGCAAUGGCGGCACCGCUAGCAACAACGCCGUUUCUUCGUCAGCGGCGGCCAACAUUUUGAUCGAUGAAUAUUCGCUGGAAAAGGUAGAGAUCCCGCCCAAUGGGGACUCGCCAGGCGGUUUCAUCUACGUCACUAAGGGAGGUGGCGGCCAGCAUGGCGGAACGGGAAGUGGAGUCGGUAGUCAGAUCAUCUUCUCUAGCCUUCCACCACCGCCCGCGUCGAACAGCUUGGGCAAUGCGAUGCCGAAAACGUUGAAAAUUUUCCUCGGAGAUGACGAGAAGGAAAACAUUGACGACGAUAUGAUGAAUAACAUGAAGAACGUGCUGGUUGAUAAGAUCUUUUACUCUGCGCUCAAGAAGCACAAAAUGAAAUCGGCCUCCAACACGGCAUCGGCAUCGUCGACAGUGCUUGUGACGAAGAAUGCCCCGUUCAUCGAUGUCGGGGUGCUCGAUGAGAAGCUACCGGAGCUGCAGUUCAUAUCGACGGUCGAGACUGCACCAUCGUCGCCCGAUCCGGCUGCCGGAAUAUCGAUUAGCGAGAUUAUAGACCAGGACCUACUGGGAGCCAGUGGUGGUAUCGGGAUCGAAGGGGACGGCGAUAUGACUGUCAGUUCCGUGCCACACUCCACCGCAUCUGGCGGUGCGCCUCGAUCGAAGGUUGUUUCCUUUACGUCGGCCACUGCGUGCCAUCAUGUCGAUACCUUAGAGCCUCACGCAUCGUCCUCGUCCGCAUCACUGUCAUCGUCGUCGUCAUCCGGCAACAAGAUUAAAAAACAGUUCGAAGCUGUGGUAGAGGAGGAAAGCACCGCGACACCGACAUCAGACACGCCGGCCAAUGACGCCUCGCCUGCAGCGGCGGUUGCGUUGCCGUGGCAUAAGCUCCUAAGUAGCCCCCCGAAACAGGUGAUCGUCGUCGAGCGGAUGCACUCGGGUGCGAUACGGUACGUAACGCUCGAUUUCGGAGCCCCGGUCAUGCUGACGGACGUGAUCAUUCCGGCGUGUGCCGAUCUGGCCUCACUUUCACUCGACAUCUGGUGCUUUGAGGAGGAAGCGGACAGCGUGAGGCUAGCGGUUUCGCAGGAUAUUCAAGCUCGGACGCUAGUGUUGAGUGAUCUGCAGCCGCCCCCGAUAUGUCGUUAUCUGAAAAUCACAAUCACUGGCCGAUACGGGAUGUCGGCAACCCGUUGCCGCAUACCGAUGGGCUCGUUCUACGGGCACAUUGUGAUCUUGGAGCGUGAAGCGUAUGCCGAUCCGGUCAUGAAGUGUCUGCAGGGUAAGAAAACGAAUCUCGUGUGUCAACUGCAGAUCCUGAAAGCGUUGUACGACGACGUUCACUGUCGCUAUUGCUUGGCCAGCAAUAAGUUGAUGGAUCUGCUGAUACCGUACCUCAACAGCAAUGCGUCGAAUAUCGCGCACAUGCAAGCGUUUCUGAAUCGCAUCCGGGAUAAUGCUUCGUGCGGUCACCACGGAGACUCGUAUGGGUGGAGUGGCGGUGCGUACGGUGCUGGAGGGGGAAGUAGUAGUUCACAUGAGUAUGCCAAGGUAACAGCGGCCUACGACGAGUGCAUUGGUUUCCAGCAUCAGCUGAAUGUUAUUCGCCGGGUGAUCGAUCGCAUCCGUCCGUCGAUCGGACCCGAGCACGAACCGCUGUUGGCACAGUUGUCGCUCCCAACGCAACCGGCACCACUGCAACUGCCCGGGUCGGACUUUAGCUCAAUCUACACCGACAAGCUGCGCAUCAUAAGCGAGUGUCUGAUCGAAGUGGUACUGCAACUCAUCACGACCUACGGUAGCCAAACGUCAGCGGCAGGAGCAGGAGGUGGCACUCAACAACAGCAGCAACAGCAGAAGAUCGAUCAAGAAAUGUGCAAUUUGCUUUUCGACACGAUGGUCAUCGCUGGCGAGGCGCAUCUCCAGCUUGCCACCUGCUCAAUGCUGGUGCGAAUGUGUUGCUUCGAGCCGUGGUGGGGUGACUUUUUGGCGGACAAAUUUCUUACAUUGUAUUCCUCGCAAAAUGAUCGCAUCUUUCCCCAGGAUCGCGUGUUCCUUUUGCUCACCUAUCUGGGUCGUCGAAGUAUUGCCCUCGGGCGAUGCCGAACAACUGUGAUUGAUGCGGUUCUCCGCAGUUUGGCGACACUACUGGCCCCGCUCGCUACGACGGGAGCCUCCGGGCUGAGCAUCUGGUGCAAUACCGACUUGAAUCUGCUCGGCUGGAUACUUCUGUUUCUGUCGGUCUGUUUAGAUGAUGGGUCAGAGGGUCGGAAGGAUCAAAGCAAUUUACGGUGGGACUUUAUGUCCGGUGAAACCGAUAUGGUGAAGGCUCGUAUGAACAUCAACAACAGUGGGUUGCGCACGUUGACGCGUACGUUUAAGAAGCGGCUUCUGCAAUCCAACAAGCAAUACAAUGCACUCUCUGUAAGUACCGCGUCAAAGUUGGAAAUGGCUUUGAAGCAGCAGGAAAAUCAGCUUAAGAAACUGACCGUCAGUAUGAAGCAAAGUUUUGGCGAUUACUUUAACGAAAUCAGCAAAAUGAAAGUGAUCGAGGAGAAGCCGAUCCCACCGCUACCCAGCACCAACGAACAACUAUCGUCGUCAUUCAUCAUGGCGCCAAUCGUGACUUCCACUGCCAGUGGUGGAUCUAGUGUUAACGUGUCGACGUCUACCGUCACCACCGGGGCAAGUGCUAGCGGCAGUAGUAGCAGUGCUCCGGCAGUGUCCAAGCGGACGGCAAAGUUUAUCGAUGUAGCUGCUGAGCGUUUGUCGAAAGAGUCAUCGCACGACGUGGGCGCAAUGGGUGGUAAUGACGGAACUGGCAGCGAUGGUGAUACACCCUUCGAUAGGGGGCUGAAAGCGAUGAAAAUCGGCAACAUUAUCGUGGUGAUUCGCGGACUCAUCGGGCUGCUCCUGAGCAUGGACUUUACCUGCAAUAUGGAUUUGUUUCUCAUUACGUGCAAAAUUAUUGCUCGCCUUGUUAUGGCUUGCAGGCCGUCAAUGCAGCUUUCCAAGAUCAUUACCACCAACCAGUUGCUUCAGCUGGUUCGCAUCGCGGUGUGGGAGAAUCCGCAUCAGCCGUGGGCCGUCCAUGCCAUUACCUGCCUGCUGCAGGAUGUGCUGGAAGCUGACAAAAGCUUCAAGGAUGAGGAAAAUGAUUCUUCCGAAUCGUCGGGUGAUGAGGCAAUGAAUGGUAAUGGCACUGCAUCAAAUCCGCUCGCAGCCGGAGGAGCCUUUCUGCCUGCAAUGCGGCCCCCGGUAGAGGUGCCGUCCUAUAAGCAGCAACAGCAGCAUCCACUAAGCACCUCGCACCAUGUGACGGUAGACUUGAGCUACGCGGAUGCGGUGAAGAAUCAGCUACCGUCGGUGGUCGAGUGCGACGAUCAGGAAAUGGAGGAAAUGGUCAUCGACGACAUACUGUCGACACGUGAAAAGCGUUUCCUUAAGCGGGACAGCAGUGCUUUCUCUUCGUCGGCCGGCAAACUGACUUUUACUAACAAGACUGUAUCGUCGGCCAUGGAUGCCCGACUGGAAAUGGGGCUCGACACCAACGUGGAGAUUGUGUUACGCAGACUUACGACGCGGGCGGCAUUCAAUUUGAUCUCGAGCCACGUGGCCAUGAUGCAUGAACCGAGCGGCCAGGCCACCAGUUCUCAACCCUUGGAUUCGCUGCCGCCGUGGCCCGAGCCCAUCGUGGAAGCUUGGUCGGGGCCGGAAUAUUUGCAAGGGUUUGAGACGAACGCCAUGCUGACGGAGGUGUUUGACAAAAUAUUAUCCGAUCUGCCUCAGAUUGAUUCGUGGCUUAACCUGGAGAAGGUAUUGCAGCUGUGGCUAACGUUGAACGGUGAAACACUGGAGCAUUUGCCGGGUAGCAGUGGUGCUGGCCUGAAUCCUUACUCUUUCCCGAAAAUACCAUUCGGCGAUCGUGCUGUCCAUGGGCUAAUAAAAGCGCUGGCCACUCAUCCGAGCGUCAAGCUGCGUGCCUGGUGCCUCGGGUUUCAGUGUCUGAUAUUGGCGUGCAAGCCGCACUUCGAGGCCGACUGUCUGGAAACCAACUCCACCAGCAGCGACAACCAUUUCCGCCGGAUGGGAAAUCUAAUCGUACGGGACGAGCUUUUCGAAACGAUGCUGCUACGUUUCUUCAGCGGCGAAGAUCUUCCCCUGGGGACGGUUGAUUCUGGCAACAAUCGCUAUGCUGGACCAACAGUUUGCAAGCUGCUCAUGGAGCUGUUCAUAUGGUUGGAGGUGCGUUGCCACGUGAAGGACCAGUUGAAGCUAGCAUUGAUGAAGGUAACGCUCAACCUGGUACAGUUUAGUGGCGCCAUUUUUAAGCAAAAAGGCCCAAUCGACGCGCAAAGUCAAUUGAUCAAGGAGUUGCUCAACUUCACGUACGACAAGGAAGAUCACGGCAUGGCAGUAAGCUUCGUGGAGUGUGUCUCCCACUUGGUAUACGACAGCAUCGUAAACGUGGACAAAUUAUACUGUCAGAAGGCCGUCGAGAUGAACAACUCAAGCAGUAUGUUCGGCGGUGGAAUGCGCUUCGGCAAUCUGUUUGCGUCCGUGCUCGGUACGGAGAAUGGUCGGGCAGGGAAAACGGUUACCGAUGGAACCCUGCUGGUCGAUAUGCUUAAACUUUCGUCGAUGCUGGUGAACGUGAAAAAUCAACGGCCUACCAGCAACAGCGAACCUACGCCACCGCCGCCGUCAUCGUCAGGCGUCGAUUCAUCUUUUUACCAGGAAAUGUACGAACUGUUCGAAACACCCUCGGCCGACGGUACAAGCAGUGGCAGUGUGGUAGGUUUCGACAACUUGAACACUUCCAGCGAGAGCCAAACGGAUGAAAUCAAAGCGGAACAGCAAAGCACCGGCGGUGGAGCUCCGACGAGUAGUCAGGCACCGCGGGUGCGCUGCUUUGCGGACACGGUUCUGCAGCACCAACCAACGAUGACGCGGCUGUUGACUGCCCUCUCCCAAUGUACGCACUCUUCCCUCACAAUGCUGCUGUCAUCGUCCGCGAUCUAUGGCGAAGGUGUUGGGAGCAGCGGCGCUGGUGGUGUUGGCGGCGCUGGCAAAAGUGGCCGAAAUACUCUGCCAGAACUGUGUACCGUAGCUGAUGCACUCUUCCAGCUACUACUGUACCUCAGUCGAACUGCAUCGCAGCAUGAGCUGGUGGUUAAACCGCUCUUCGAGUUCCUCAGCGAAGCCACGAGUGCCGUGCGGCACGCGAUGCCCAAAUUGCACCUCUACGAGCCAUUCCUGUGGUACAUUCUGAAAGUGCUCGAAACACCGGCCGCCGUGGCUGUAUUCACUGAUCUCGGCGGCAUUCAGGUGCUGUGUGAAAGCUUGGUGUGGAGUAACCGGGCACUGAUCAACACUCAGCCCAGCCUCGUAUCGAUGAUCAUGCAGCGCCUUUCAAAAUCGUCGACUGGCCCCGGUGGUUCCGGAUCAGGCUACUUUUCCAUGGGCGGAGGUGGUGGUGGAGCCAGCGGAGUUGGUGGUUCAGGUAGCGGAAGUUCCUCGAAGAAAAGUGCCCCGAUCGUACCGACUGCACGCAAUGAGGAAGGUUUGAUCAACUUUGCACCGUACUGUACGAUCACGACCGACAACCAGUCGGCUCAGGCGGCCGACGUGCUCAUCCAGACACCGAUCGCGUCCCACCGACGUGCCCGCAAUCCCGCCUGGAGCUAUCUCUUUUAUCCGAAUGAACCGCACGUCGAUCUUACGAUCACCCUACCAACGGCUGUCCUGCUGAAGGAGGUGCAACUGCAGCCGCAUCUUUCCACGCUUGCUUCCUGUCCGUCGGCCGUGGCAAUUGAAAUCACACGCGACAGCAUUUUGGGGCCCAUUCCGAUUACGCAACCCAUCUCGACCGUUGGCAUGACGUGCAUUCGGUUGCGCUUCGCUCAGCCUGAAAUUGCAACAAGUGUGAUCAUACGGCUGUAUCGACCUCGCGAUGCGAUGAACAUUGGUCUGACGCAGAUAGCAAUCCUCGGAACUACCACCUUUGGCGAAGUACCGCUCGGUGGAGGAAUGUCCAGUGCGGGCAGUAAUGGUGCCGGCACCGGUGCUCUGGGUGUUUGGGACUAUGGAGCACUGGGAACUGGUGGAGGUCUUAAACCAUCUAACGAUAUGUUCGGUGGUGGCGCUGCUGCUGUCGCCGCCGCAGCGGCUGCAACAUCCGGAGGUUUCGGUGGCUACGAUGGUUUUGCGGCGGGAGGUGUGGACGAUCGGCUUGGUGGAGGAGUACCAGCAUCCCGCGCCAGUCUCGGAUGGUUGCGCGUGCUGACGCAGUGCUUCAGCGUGACCAUAUACUACUGUGAUCAUCAGCUGGCAGGCCGAGUAAUUGGCGCGGCGAGCGAGGUGGGGGGAUUCAUGGAAGCAUGCUGUGCAUUGCUGAACAUUGCACCUAACAGUCCCAACGAUACGCUGCAGAACCUGGAGACGGUGUUGCUGAAGCUCGGGCUCCACAGUCGCGAGUUCGGCCUGGCACUGAUCAACAAUCUACUGCGCCAGAGCAUCCCUCAGACGUUCCAGCUGUGCAACGAUUCGAUCUCGGAUUUGCUGUACCAGCUGUGCACGAUCCAGAACGACUACACCGGUGACCGGUUGCAGGCUAUGUUAGAGUGGAUCCGUACGCUGUACGAGCGCUACCGGCAGAAUGACGCGGUCAAUAGGCGCCUCGCCCUGCAUGCAACCAAUCCCUACAGUGGUUUCAUUCGCUGCCUGGCUGCGAUUCUGUGGCAGGUUUAUGCUACCGAUCUGUUGCCGAACCUAAGCGACAUGAUUACGCGCGAUCUGUUCGCGGUACUGUACGGCUGGGCUCGGGACCUCGAUUACGAUGGCCCACUGAAGCGAGCGAUCGAUGCGCUGCUUUGCUCCGUGUGCUGCGUACGUCCCGAGUUCUUCACGGUGUUGCUCCGGCGGCUCGGGGUAUUGGUGCCAAACUUGUCCACCGAUCUAACCGCCUCGAUAUCGGACGACCGGAAGGAUGGCGAACGUCGAACGGAUGACAGCAAGCAGGAGGAAUCGGACACAAGCGAAUGGUACAGCCACCUGGUGAUCGAGAACAUCGAGCGUCUCAAUCUAUCGCGUACGCAACUUUCAACAAUCGCGAUGGCGUGCCAGUCGCCGCUGGCCGUUCAGCAACUGAUCGACUCCGGGCUGCCUAAGUUGUUGAUAUCCGUCGUCCUGGAGUUUUGUCGACGGGCGCGUGAAAGCGUUCAAUCUCGACAACGUUGGUGCGGCGGAGGAUCGUCAGCUCACGUGAGACCCGAGAAAGUGCAACGAAAUUCGUCGGCGUCUGCCGCUACCACUCCGGACGGUUGUCUCACCGAUGCCGACAAAUGGGGCGAAGGAGAAGCAGCCGCAGGGACCGAAACGAAGGCUUCGACGGUGCAAUCAUAUCCGAUGGUUAACAUUCAGAAGGUGACGGAAAUUCUUGCCUUUUUCACGACCGUCUGCUCCGAAGGUCAUAUGCGCGAUUGGUUGGGUAGUUACGAAGGUUCCAAGUUCUGGGAACCGCUGCUGAUGCUGCUGUGCAACAGCCAAAUGGCGAACGUUACCCGUACGAUCACCACCCAGUCUUGUCUCGAGCUCGAGGAGUGCUUCAUCAAGUUCCUAUCGCGCGUAACAACGUGCCAUCCGGCGAACCAGGAAAUGUUCACGAUCAGCCUGAUAGCGGUGAUACGCAAGUCGGAUCCGAAAGCCAAUCUGCCUGAAGAAGGAAGUGGCAGCACAGCUGAUGCUACGCUUGAAGGUCCCAGCAGCAGCGCUUCGCCGAGUUCCAGCAUUCUGCCGAGAAGCUGCAUUUCUGGAUUUACGCGCCGAUUGGUGUUGCAAAUUUUGCUGGAAAGUGAAAAAAUUAUGGUCGCCGUGCGGAGCGAUUUGCCGCUGCAACAGAGCAAGGAUAUCGUUGGCCCGGGAGGAACGGGUGCCGCGGGCGGUGAAAGUCUUUACAAUGCCAUCAGUAACCACCCGUCCAAGCGCCCGAAUGCACACCUGAAGCUUUUCCAGCUGAGUACGAACGCCAAAUGUCAAGACAUUUUGGAUCACUGUGCGGCCACCGUCUAUCAGCCACUGCUGACAACGGUAGUGCCACCGGCGGCAGUUCCAACAACGGUAGGAGGAAACGUUGCUGCUGGUGGCCCAGUCGGAGGUAGCAGUGGAUCAUCCGGAGGAGCGGCCGCUAGUGAUGGUGCACGGCGGGAUCUGUGGGAGCUGGGAAUUGGACUUGAGUACCUCAGUGUGGCGGCUGGUGUGACGGCAAAGGAUAAACGACUGAAAGAGGCGAAGAAUCAGGCAGCGACCAUGCGACGGAAGGAUGUGAUAACAAUGUACAAGUUGAAAAUGCACGACUCCAAGAUAUCGGCCCAGGAUGGAAUGUUCCUAACGCACACCUCCGUCCCGGAAGUGAUCAUCACAACCGACACAACUAUUGCGCAGCUGUUGACCAUGCUCAAAUCGGCCGGAAUAUCCCUGUCGACACCCUGUAUCAAUUUGAAUCUGAUUGAUACGAAAAAUAAACCACCAUCGACCGAAACAUGCUGUGGUGAUCCAUCAGUGGCUUCGUCGUCCGCAGGUGGCGCGCCCACGGCUAUGGUGCGUGCAACCGAAUUCCUGCCGCAAGCGUCGCCACUGCAAAUUUUCUCCAGCCGCGGCGGUUUGUCGCUGCUGGCACACUACCUGCCAACGGUUUAUCCGGAGAUGCCGAAAAGUAGCUCCCACUACGCAGACAAAGAUCGCAGUCCGGCUGGUGGCGGUGGAGGCGCUAUCGGUAGCGAGUGGGUGAAGCUCGAACAGAUGGACGAAAUCUACGAGGAUCUGGAUGACAUCACGGCGGAAUCGACCCCGAAAGCACAGUGCAUCUCAGCCAUUCCGCAACAUUCGCUGGCGGCAUUUGCGCUAUUCCUGAAGCUUCCCGCUUACUCGGAGGUGCUGUUAACCGACACGGUCCGGGCCCAGUGCCUGCUCCGGCUGAUCCUCGGUGUUACGGGUGACGGCGAGGGCAACGAAAUCUACAGCUUGGCGUUGUCAUCUUCGCUACCUACGCUCCCAUUCGAGGUGUUCCGCCAGCUACUGGACAGCUCGCCGCUUACCACGGAUGAUGGGGUGCUUUUGCGCCGAAUGGUGAUCGAGGUUGGCGCGAUCCAUCUGGUGCUGAACUGUCUCAGUAUUUUCACUCACCACAACAGCACCGGUGGCCGCGUCUCUGGCAGCGGGACUGCAGACAACAGCCCUGUCACGGGACUUUGUGCAGAAGUCACCGCCGCUAACGGAGCGAACCAGGGAAAACCUGCUGCAUCGGUUGCAGGUGGUAACGGCAACGAAGAACAGUUGAAUUCCGACGACAAGGGUCACAUGUACUGGGCGAAGGGAACCGGUUUCGGUACUGGUUCAACACAGCAAUCAUGGAACGUGGAACAAGCGUUGCUUCGUCAGAAAAGUGAAGAAGAACACGUUACAGUGCUUUUACAGGUAUUAUCGAGCUACAUCAAUCCUGGCGACAAAUAUCCGACAAGCUUGGGCAGCGAUGAUCAUCUGAACUUUAGGGACUGCAGCGAAUCGUUGACAGAACUGCCACCGAUAUUCUUGGAUCUUUUGCAACAAAGCUGUCUCAUUCCAGCACUCAGCUACUACUUGCGUAAUGAUUCCGUUCUCGACAUAACGCGUCACAUUCCGCUGUAUCGUGCAAUUUUGCAACUGCUGCGCGCCGUUUCACUAUCCAGCCAGCUCGCGACGCUAUUGGUGAACAAGAAUGCGAACGAGAGCAAAAUGUCUAUCGCCGGACUGCUGUCGAACAUGAAGGCUUGCGUCGAUACGUACGCCAGUCGGCUAAAAGUGAACAAAAAAUCAAACCUUAAGGGGCAAACUCAAAAAAUUAUCGUCAGUCUGGAUGACGGUGACGACGAGGGUUUGGCGCUACUGAUACCGGACAUACAGGAUACAUCUCUGUUGGUGCAGAACGCCACCAACACCGAUACGGCCAGCGUGGUUGACGAAGAAGAAAAGCAGACGAUUGCGAGGCCCCUCGCCAAAUCGGUAGAGGAAAAGUACAUGGAAAUUAUGAAGGCGUUACAGUUUGAUACCUACGAGAUGAUUGCCGAAUCGGAGAAUGGUUACCGUUUCACGAUAUCGCACCAUUUCGAAACGAACGUUCGGAUGGCGGGAGAUCGUGGCCACCCUGGCCGAGUGAAGCGGUUAGCUCAGGAAACCGUAACCCUGUCGACCAGCUUGCCCCUUUCGUACAGCAGCUCCGUGUUCGUACGGUGUGACACCGAUCGGUUGGACAUCAUGAAGGUGCUGAUUACAGGCCCUGCCGAAACACCGUACGCCAACGGGUGCUUCGAGUUUGACGUUUACUUCCCACCGGACUAUCCUAACUCGCCGAUGAUGAUCAACCUUGAGACUACCGGGCGCAAUACGGUGCGCUUUAAUCCGAACCUGUACAACGACGGCAAAGUAUGCUUGUCGGUGCUGAACACUUGGCACGGUCGGCCGGAGGAAAAGUGGAACGCCCACACGUCCAGCUUCCUGCAGGUUCUGGUCUCGAUCCAGAGCCUCAUUUUGGUACCGGAACCGUACUUCAACGAGCCCGGCUUCGAGCGUAGCCGCGGUACGCCGACGGGAACGCACAGCAGCCGCGAGUACAACAGUAACAUCUACCAAGCGAGCGUACGGUUCGCGAUGCUCGAGCAGCUGCGCCAUCCGUGUCCGGCCUUCCGGGACGUCAUUCACACGCACUUCUGGUUGAAACGAAACGAAAUAUGCGUCCAAAUUGAGGAGUGGAUUGCCGAGCUUAGUAAUACGUUACAAAACGAGCGCACCGGUCGUGCGAUAUCGUUCAACGUGAUGGUAUUGCGUCGUCAGUAUCGACAGUUACGCGAGGAGCUUGCCAAACUCACGCCACCGGAAGGACUGGAGGACGCGGAUUAUCCAUUCCGUGCGGGAAACACAAGUUACACAACACCACCGGCAACACCGGCAUCCGGGGGAGGUGUAGUGACUUCCACAAACGCUGUGUCGACGAUGGUAGCGACUACCGCUUCGAUUCUCAGCAGCAGCGCAUACGGCGGACCGGUGCCAGCUUCAUUCCCUCCGUGCAUCUCCUCUUCGUCGUCCACGUCCUCGGACGGGCAUUCGUCGACGUCAUCGUCGUCCUCAUCGUCCUCGUCGUCUUCGUCGUCGUCUUCGGCGUCUUCGUCUGCUUCCCACACCGCAAGCGCCUCAACCCACAUACCACCAGCCGCCGAUGGUGCGAACGAGAACAGCGCAGGAACGGAAGAUUCUUCCAACGAGACAAACUCGUUUGCUGACCCCAGCACCGUGACAGUGCUGCGUGGUGGCAGUGAUGUUGAUUUUCCCAACGAAAUGCUCGAGGAUGCCAUCGCAGUAGCCGUUGCAGCAGACCUUUGUGUUCAUUCCAAGGAUGCGGAGACCGAGCUGGGAACCGUCGCGACAGCUACAGCGAUUUCAGGGGGGGCUGACUGUAGCGAGUCGUCCAGUGCCAGCAGCAGCGUCGUGUCCGGCGUGUCUGGAUCGGGCGACAGCAGUGAGUCGACUGCCGUCACCGGUGGACUGUCCGAGGAAACAAACGGCUCCAAUCUACUGGCGGCCGGUACGGGGGACGACAUUAGUAGCAUUGCCAGUGCCCAUGAAAAACCAACCAUUGGUAGCAGUGUGCACGAGUCACUAGACGACGAUGGAGACCUAUCGCUCGAUGAGAUGGCGGUCUAGGGUGCAAAAUAGUUGACAGAAGGAUGCAGGAAGUGAGUGCAGUGAAACGUGAGCAUUAAAAUGGAUUCAUCAUUGUUCCAAACCCGUCAAGAUUAGCCGUUAGCAACCGCGAAAACGAAAAUACUUCCAUCCCUCGUGUCUAGCUUCUUUUACCUAUUUAUCCCUGCGCCGGGUAGUAACCGACAGUGCAGUGUGCCACAUUGUGAUAUCAGUUUUGGAUUGAUGUUUUGCUCGGUGAGAUUGGAGUAAGGUUCCAUACAUCCACCCUCGGAGUGCAUGGACAUAAUGCUAGGAAACAAAAACAAAAUUAUUCUGGACCAUGUCAAAGCCAUACGGAAGAACGAAACACGAGCACAAGCCUACUGGAAUGUGAAGCGUUUGUAUCGCGGUACGAAAAUUCCAUUGAUCUUUUACGUUAAGUUAGCACCAGCGACAGGGAUAAAGAUCAAGAGAGAACGAAAGGAAGAGAAGGAAAAGACAGGAAAAUAGAACGAAUGAGCAAAGUAGACGCAACAUACGAUACGUCAUUAGUUAAUACCUCCGUCUAAUUUGUUUUAAGAACAACAACGUUCAAUACACUUUAGCUUAAGUUACGUUUGCGACGAUCAGUGUUUGCUUUGUUUUCUUAUCUUAAUUUCCAUCUUAGUAUUCGCCUGGAUCGAUAAACUUGAAAUGAUUAACUUAUCUCCGUUUCGUGACGAAAAGACAGAAGAAAUUUUCUUGUUUUAGAUUACCAGGUGACAGAAGAUUUGUUCUGUUCUUGAGGCAAUAAGACGAAGCAGUAUUGCCUACGUGAAAUGAUAUGAAAAUCAUUUUUCGUGAUCUUCAGGCUAUCGAAAAUUUAAGCAUAGAUUUUUUUUAACACUGCUAUGACUGUUCUUAUGCUGUAAUUGUCGCACAUGCAUACUGUCUACCGUUCGGGAGUUGGUUCUUGCUUAUCACAUGUUUCCUUCGCCACCCCAUUCAGUCAACGCGGAAUCCUGUGGUAUUCUGAGACUGGUUGACCGUUUCAAUGGGAAGAUUAGGUAGCACGAGUUCUUCAGGGAAUAGUGAGAUCGGAAAGAAAGACUAUAAACUUCUACGAGCAUGCGGAGCAGUAUACAAAUUAUAAUCGUGCCUGCUCUCCAUCAAGUGAGACCGGUGGAUUGCCCGGUAUUUGGGCCCAAGGUUGGUCUAUCACUCGGAACUAAUCAAUGCAACCUAUGGCGACGACGCUCACUCGCGAACGUAAAUAAAUUAUAUGAUGUGUAGGUACUUGAAAAACGAAAGAUAAAUACAA